GAAACAAGAGGAGAGUUGGAUUGCUUUCUUUUGGUAACCAAGAACUCACGGGACUCUCUUGAAAUGCUUUGCUCAAAUUUUUAUUUUCUUUUUAAUGCUCACCAUGGAAAUCCCACAAACUUGCUUUCUUUUCAUAAAGUUUUCUGUUUUCUUGGUCAUUUUAUACUUUAUUUCUAGUCCAUGUCUUGUCACUAUAAAUUGUUACCAAUUUCUAUUGCUUUGUUUUCUACAUUUUUUCAUCUCUGUUGAGUCUUUUUGCUUCAUUUUCUGAGAUUUUCCAAUGCUGACCUUGUCAAAAUGAAACUUUGUUUUGAUGGUUUGAUUUGGAUGUUUCAUUUCUUUGAUCAGUUUAUGGAAACCCAUUUGGUCUUUAUGCUUCUUUUCAGAUUAUCCCAUCUCUUUGAACCAAAUUCUGCAUUUUUCGAAAUUUGUUCUCAUGUUCAGGAAUACCAGUAUGUUUUUUAGUAAUGAUUCUGUACUUGGUUGAUCACUUUUCUGAUAUAAUGGCGACCUCGUGUUUCAAUCCGUUUAGGCUCACUAAGUCGAAGAAGAAACCAUCACCAGUGCCUUCCUCCUCAUCCAAAUCAUACUUUAAUAGUGAUAUGGUAAACAUGGAAAGAAAGAGAUUUGACAGUUCAGAUUCAUGGUCCAUGAUUUUGGAGUCUGAAAAUAUUGAGACGUGGGAAGUGUCGAAGGAGGAUCAAGAAGAAUGGACUGCUGAUCUCUCUCAGUUGUUUAUUGGUAAUAAAUUUGCUUCUGGUGCUCAUAGUCGGAUUUAUAGAGGAAUUUACAAGCAGCGGGCUGUGGCUGUUAAAAUGGUCAGGAUUCCAACUCAUAACCCCGAGACAAGAGCUUUGCUUGAACAGCAAUUUAAAUCAGAAGUGGCUUUGCUUUCGCGCCUUUAUCAUCCAAAUAUAGUGCAGUUUAUUGCAGCUUGUAAAAAACCUCCAGUGUACUGUAUUAUCACAGAAUACAUGUCCCAAGGAACUCUGAGAAUGUACCUGAACAAGAAAGAGCCAUAUUCUCUUUCAACUGAAACUAUUUUGAGGUUGGCCCUUGACAUAUCGCGAGGAAUGGAGUAUCUUCAUUCACAAGGGGUGAUCCAUAGAGACCUCAAGUCAAACAACUUGCUCCUUAAUGAUGAGAUGCGCGUUAAAGUUGCAGACUUUGGAACCUCGUGUUUGGAAACUCAGACCCAAGAAUCCAAAGGUAACAUGGGGACUUAUCGUUGGAUGGCACCAGAGAUGAUCAAGGAGAAGCCGUAUACACGAAAAGUUGAUGUAUAUAGUUUUGGGAUUGUCCUAUGGGAGCUCACAACAGCUUUGCUUCCUUUCCAGGGGAUGACUCCUGUACAGGCUGCUUUUGCUGUCUCGGAGAAGAACGAGCGACCCCCAAUGCCACCAAGCUGUCUACCCGCGCUUGCACAUCUGAUAAAGCACUGCUGGGCUGCAAAUCCAGCCAAACGCCCAGAUUUCAGCGCCAUCGUAUCUGCUCUGGAGAAAUACGACGAGUGUGUCAAGGAAGGACUUCCAUUGACUCUUCACACAGGGCUUGUCAGCGGAAAAGCCAUACUGGAACGCUUGAAAAUUUGCAUUCCCAUAAAGUCAUCGUCCUCGUCUCUACCUGUAAAUGCCUGACCCUUAGAACAAAUGUAGUCUCACAUACGAAAAUUCGUUUGAUUGUCAGUUGGCCAAGUCCAUAGAUCAAUCCACCAUAGCCUGAACAUAUCAAUGUUUUUGUUUAUUGUUACAAAAUUAAUUUUAGAAAUUUCCAUCUUGAAGGAUGAUUGUGGCAGGGGUAGCUUGAAUGCUGUCUUUUAAAGUUUAAAUUGUAGCUAAUUUUAUUUGUUCAUUGUAAAUUGCUAUCACAAUGCUUGAAUAUACAAAUAUUAAGUGGCUGACA